UCUUACUGUUACAUUUUCAUUUCAGCCAAUUGACUCAUCACGUUAGUGACCUAGACGAAACAAAAAUCAAUCUAUUAACAGUUUUUGUGCAUAACACACUCACUCUAAGUAUAUCAGAUUAACUGAUGGAUUUAGAUUUCUCUUAUCUCUCUGUGGUGGAUAGCUCAAAUGAGACUCAACAAUCUAAUACAAAUUAUCUAGGAAGCUCAAUAAAUUCAAAUAAAGCUGAAUAUAAUAUGGAUGGAAAAAUUGAAACCACGUUGUGUGAAUUUUCCGGACAAUCAGACACACCUUUGAGUGUACCUAGUGUUUUUCCAAAUGUUCCUCUGCUUGCAUCAUGUCAGUUUAAUGACUUUUUUGGAACUUCCAGAGUAUUUGGUUUUGGUGAGUCAGUUCCUUACGAAGAUAUAAUGAAACCGACUCUUACUGUUGAACCAGGUUUCACUGUUGAACAUCAUUGCGAACAUUGGGGGAGUCAUAUAUGGAAAUUUUCGGUAACUAAUUGGAGAGUUAUAGAAGCAAUGGGUUGUCGACCUGUUGUUCAACGUAUAGCUAUUCUACAAAAAUAUAGAUCAAUGUACGGAAAGAAUUUACCUACCAAAUUUAUUUGUAAAUUAAUUGGAUGUUCUAAAGAUUGUCUGAUUGCGUUGUGCUAUACACCAGCAGAAUUUGAUGCAAUAGAACUUCAUAGAGCAAUGAGAGGAACUGAUACUGAUGAAGAUACAAUAAUUGAAAUUCUUUGUACAAGAACAAAUGAACAAAUCAGAAGAAUUAAGAAUGUUUAUCCAAAAUUAUUCUAUGGACGUGAUUUAGAAGAUGAUGUGAACGAUGAUACUGAACAUCCGUUUAAAUCAAUAUAUUUAGCUUUACUGAAAGCGAGUAGAGAUGAAUUCACAUUUAUAGAUGGAAAUCUUGUACGAAGAGAUGUGGAAGAACUACUUAGAGCAAUGAAACAAGACAUUAAAAUUGAUGAAUCAAAAUUCAUGCCUAUCUUGAUUACACGAUCCUAUGGUCACUUACGAGCUGUAUUCAAUGAAUAUUCGUUACAUAGUGAACGUGAUUUGGAAGAGGAAAUGCGUGGACAUGCAAUCGAUUGUAUACUGUCUAUUGUCCGUUGUAUACAAAAUAGACCAAGAUAUUUUGCUGAAAAAUUAGUCAAAGCUACGGAAUAUGCAGAAAAAGAUUAUGGAACAAUUAAUCGAAUUAUUGUCUCUCGUUGUGAAGUUGAUAUGGGACGAAUUAUGGAAGAAUUUCUUGAUUUAAAGGGCGAACCAUUAUAUAAGUGUAUAGAAGUACGUAUAAACAAUAUUUAA